CGAUCGAUUUGUUCUUCAUUGCCAUAAGCUGUUGAUUCUUGUAGUCAAAAUAAAUGUUCUUUGGCCUUCCAUUUUCUUAAUUUUUCUCUGUAGAUGGAUUAGGAUCGGUUUAUAUGGAAAUUCUGAGAGUGGCCGUCGUCCGCCACUUGUCGGAACCCUAACUGCCAUCGGACCAUUGCAGUUUUUUCAUCACACGAUCAUCAUCUAACGAACGAAGAGGCCAUCGAGAGAGUACUCACCUUAGUCAAGAGCUUCCCCAUAGUUGAUCAGCCUUUUAUUAUCACUUCUUUGAAUUUCAGAUCAACAACAACACUCUCACCAAUAAUUCAUAAUUAUUCCUUGGAUUCUCCUGAUCUUCAUCAAUUUCAAGCUUGCCGGUUUCAACCUCUUCACUUCGAUUCCUAAGUUUAGCCCGCCGACCAAUUUGUUCUUCGUUACGGUGAUUAAGAAAACGAGAAACGCCUAACUGAAUGUAAGAUUAAUCUUUUUGAAUCCAUCCUGUUAGCACAAUUUAGCUCUGUGGAUGGAAAGAGAUGAUAUUGUGCCGCUUAUAUCUUCAAGAUCUGUUGAAGGUCCUUCCUGCUCUUCGAAUAAAGCAAACGUCGAAUCUGUCUGGUUUGAGAUGGUUGAAGGACUUGGCAUGCAGUUGGUGCUCGGUGAAGCUUCAGUGGCACCUACCAAAUGAAUGCUGUCAAUCCCAUUUCUCUCUGUCAGUUCACUCUUCCUAAAGGGAUGUGAACUCAUGACUAUCUUGUUGAAGUUUCUUGACAUUUCACAAUUCUAUCCCACACUGGAGUUUUAGAAUCAAGAAACACAUCCCUUUGGU